UGCAACUGAAAGAUGGCGGUGUCCAUAGCGAAGUGCCUGACUGCUGAUGUGUAUUUAUUAAUAGUAUCUAUAUUGUUAUGUCCUAUUUAUGCCGAAAUAGUUGCCGGCACUUCGACAGGCGAAGACACGCCACAUCGACGGUUUGAAUACAAGUAUAGUUUCAAAGGACCGCACUUGUCUCAAAGCGACGGCAGCGUUCCCUUUUGGGUUCACACUGGAAAUGCCAUCCCCAGCUCAGACCAAAUCCGCAUCACCCCAUCACUGCGGAGUCAGAAGGGUUCGGUGUGGACUAAAAACACUAUCAAUUUCCAGCACUGGGAGGCUGAGGUCACCUUCCGAGUGUCCGGCCGUGGGAGGAUGGGAGCGGAUGGUCUGGCAAUGUGGUUCACAGCAGGCCAGGGCUUGACUGGGCCCGUGUAUGGCGCAGCCGACCAGUGGAAUGGAGUUGGGAUCUUCUUUGACUCCUUCGACAACGAUGGAAAGAAAAAUAACCCCGCCGUCGUCAUCGUUGGCAACAAUGGAAACCUUGUUUACGACCAUCAGAAUGACGGAACAACGCAGUCCUUGGGCACAUGCUUAAGGGACUUCCGAAACAAGCCCUAUCCAGUCCGUGCCAAAAUCACUUACUACAAGAAGACAUUAACGAUCAUGAUCAAUAAUGGUUUCACCCCGGAUAAGGAAGACUAUGAGUUCUGUGCUCGUGUGGAGAACAUGGUCAUCCCAGCAGAGGGCUUCUUUGGCAUCUCCGCAGCUACUGGAGGUUUAGCAGACGACCAUGAUGUCCUGUCCUUCCUUGUGUUCCGACUAACAGAGCCUGGUCAACAAUUGCCUCCAGUUGAACAAGAAAUUCCUAAAGAAGAGCAGGACAAAUACCAGGAGGAGUUUAUGAACUUCCAACAAGAGCUGGACAAGAAGAAGGAGGAGUUCCAGAAGGAGCACCCAGAUGUGCAGGGAGAACCCGUUGAUGACCUGUAUGAGAGUGUGAAUGACCGUGAGAUCCGGCAGGUGUUUGAGGGCCAGAACCGCAUUCACCUGGAGAUCAAGCAGCUCAACAGGCAGCUGGCCAUGAUCCUGGACGAGCAGAGACGCUACGUAUCCGUCCUCACCGACGAGGUGUCCAAACGUGGAGCACAGACCCAGUCUGGCCAGGCUCCCAGUCAAGACAUUGACACAAUCAUCACAACACAACGUGAAGUUCUGAACAGCCUGAAUGACAUGAGGAAUUCUCUGUCAGCCUCUCUGAAGCAGGUGGACUCUGCCCAGCAUGUCCAGCAGGCUGCUGGGGGGGCCUUGAGCAGCUACGAGACCAUCCAGCACUUCAACGACAUCAAGGAACACCUGCACGUGGUCAAGAGAAACGUUGAGCAUAUCAUCCAGAAAAAUCCAGGUCCAAGUGAGAAGGUGAAAUGUCCAGAGAUGCCCCCUAUGCCCUCCUGUCUGUCCACCACUCACUUUGUGGUGUUUGUGGUCAUCCAGUCCAUCCUCUUCUUUGGAUACAUUAUGUACAGAAGUCAACAAGAGGCAGCUGCCAAGAAAUUCUUUUGAUAACAUCUCACUAUUCUCAUCCAAGCACACAUUGUGGACAUAAGGGAGUGUUGUUUAUUUUGUUAAUGGUUUUCUUUUUUUUUUUUGUUAAUUGCUGGUUUGUUUUGUUCAUAAAUGGUAAAUUAUUGUACUUGAAAACUGAAGUAUUUUCCUCGAGAGACAUUUUUUUAAUUCCUGAGUUUUAAUUUGCUUUGAAAUGCACAGAGUGAAUGAGUAAUUUCUGAAAUGAAUGUGUGUUCAUUAGGAUUCUCAAAGAAUUAGAUGUAUUAUAUUCUUUCAGAUGCUGAGAUGACAUGAAUGGAAAUUCAUCCUCCCCAGUCUAUUUUUCAGUUCUCUGAGCUCUGCCUUCAAGAAUUGAAGCAGAGCUCACAGUGAGCUCUGCCUUCAAGAAUUGAACCACAGUCCCAUCUCAAACAUUGAAACCUGUGGCAAAUAAGGCUUGCAUGUGACCGCCAUAUUGGCAAUCGCAAUCAUGACUGAAUAUUCUGAAUGUGUGUUUUUGUAUGAUUGAAGUGUUUGAAGAAAAAUAAUUAUUUACAUAAAUUGAACACAAACCAGA